AUGGAGCAAGGAAUUCAGGGAGAGGAAGGCCAAGGGUCACAGGGAAGAGAGAGGGGAAGAUACCGAGAGGAGAUGGGAGCAACUAACCUGGGUGUUGAGAUGGACAGGGCGGCGGCGGCGAUGGAGAGGGGAUUGCGACUGGAAGAGGAGCGGAGCAUCCAAGAGCUUGGGCGGCCAACAGUGGAGACUACUCUCUCACUUGGGCCAACCCAACAGACCAAUCAAGCCCAGAUGGGAAUCCCAGCCCAAAGCCAUAACAUGGCAGGCCUAAGUAUGAGUGCUGAUUAUCAGCACAUUCAUGAGGAAAGGGAGGAUGGAUCGGGCCGCAAACAGAAGAAGAGAAAGGGGAUGGGCCUGGUUGAGGGCCUGUUUGGGGGAGCAAGGCCCAGGGCCGAAUUGGGAGAAGUAGAGGCCUUCCAAUUUGGGCCAGCAGAUGGGAUUGAAGUGGGAGGGCAUGGAGAUGGCACCAAAAAGAAGAAUUUGAAGUUCAAGGCUAUGCAACCUUGCACCUCUAAGGGGAAUCAGAAUGAAAACAAUCAAGAGGGUCGAGGGAAGAAGAAUAAGGCAGCGGUGGUUCGCCAGAAGCCAACUCUUCAAGAAUGA